AUGGCUGCAGCUGGAAUAAUCUCCAACUUGAUCCUCCUCUUUUAUGUUUUUCUCUUGAUGCAUGGCAUUGGAGCUAGGGCGAUCAGAACUCAACGUCUUGAUGAUGAUGAAGAACACAAUAUUCUGCUGGUGAAUGGACGCCAUUACUCCAUGCAUGGUGAUCAUCAUUCGUCAUCUCAUCAUAUGGCUUCAGAAUUUGGGUUAUUUAGAAUGAAUGAUCUAAGUUUAGGUAAAAAAAUGCUUAUUGAAUUCCCCCAGAAAGUCCUUUCUUCUUCCACUCGGUUCCUCCCCAGAGAAGAGGCUGAUCUCAUUCCUUUCUCGUUAAACCAACUCCCAAACAUUCUCAAUAUUUUCUCAAUCCCCCAUGACUCUCCAGAAGCCGAAACCAUCGAAAGCACACUAAGAGUUUGUGAGUCGGAGCCCCUCCAAGGAGUUAGCGUUUUCUGUGCUACUUCCUUAGAAUCCAUGGUUGAUUUUGCUGGUAACACAUUGGGGACAUAUCAUUUAAGAGCUACAACCACAACUGCUCUCACAAAAUCAUUAACCGGCCGUAAGCAAAACUAUACAAUUUCAGAGAAAAAUGUAAUAUAUAACCAUUUGGCGCCUAAACCAACACCUGCAUUCCAUGAAGAGACAGAUAUUAUGAGCUGGUUUGAUUGGAAAAUCAUCAUGAUGGGUUAUGCCAGUGGACUGGUGAUCGUUUUCUCGACUGGAAGACCUCGACGGUUUGUUGGAAUGGUUGAAAAUGCAGAGGUAAAAGGCAUGCAGAAGGCUCAACAAGAUGCAUAUGAAAAGGAAAUUAGCGAGUUCAUGCAAAGGUUUCUUUAA